UGGAGUUAUGGUCAUUACGCCAUUAUGCCUAAUAAUCAUUUAUGGAUAAGAAACAUGGCCAUUAAGAAAAACGAAGACAAAUUAUUGUUUGGAGAGAAAAAUCUUAAGAAAGAUCUUUGGUUUAGUAAGAGACGAGGAAACCUUCGAAUGGAGAAUAAGAAAAUACAAAGAAUUAAAGGAAUUUUUCUAGAAACUAAAUAUAUUAAAUGCAAGCCGUUAUACCUGACGUAUUCAGAAUCCACUGUUGCACAUGGUUUAUGCCUGAGAAUCAUGGAGGAAAAAGACAUCUUAGACGUUUUUGUUUGCGAUGGAAAACGUGGUAAAGAUCUAUAAAUGGAGAUUGAAAAACAAGAACAGUUGAAAAGGAGAACUGAAGAAUUAUUAAAGUUAUGUGACGGGGUUUGCUUAGCCGAUAACACUCAAAAAGAAGAACAUGAUGAUUUUAAACUCAAAAGUGGGUAGUGAGUUCACCCUCAAAAUAUAAUAGUA